AUGCCUACCAGACCUGCUUACCCGAUACCAAAAACCACGCCUUUCAAGGUGCACAUACCUGAUGACGACCUUCAGCAUCUCGAUACACUUCUCCGCAUGACUCCCGCCGCGCAACUCACCUACGAGACCAGUCUACCUGGUAAUGAUAGGAAGUUUGGUAUGCGUCAAGAUUGGUCGAAGCAGGUGGUAGCAGAAUGGCAAAGCGCAUUCGAUUGGCGUAAGCAUGAGACCUACAUAAAUACCUUCGACCACUUUCAUAUAAACAUCGAGGAUGACCUCGGUAACUUUCACAUUCACUUCGUUGCCAUGUAUUCGAAUAGACAGGACGCCGUUCCCUUGUUGGUACUUCACGGGUGGCCUGGCAGUUUUCUGGAGCUCUUGCCUAUGCUCGACAAGCUGCGUAACAAGUACAGUCCCGAUGAUUUACCGUACCAUCUUGUGGUUCCAUCUCUGCCUGGCUAUGCCUUUUCAAGUCCUCCUCCUUCAGACAGAGAUUUCGGGAUAGAGGACAUUGCAAGAUUGAUGAAUCAGCUUAUGCUCAAUUUGGGCCACGGAGCUGGAUACAUAGUGCAAGGUGGUGAUGUCGGAAGCAAAGUCGCCAGAGUGAUGGUGGCGAAGCAUGAACAAUGCAAAGUCAACUUUUGUAUCAUGGAAAAUGAACCUCGGCAGCUUGAAACCGGAAGCUCAUACGCUAUUCAGCACGCUACAAAGCCAGCCACUAUCAGUCUCGUACUUUCUAGCAACCCUGUAGCCCUAUUAGCUUGGUUAAUCCAGGGCACACGAAGACAUUGA